AUGUAAUAAUCGCACGCUCCGUUUGUUCUAGUGCACACUAGAAUCCUCACGCUCGUGACCCGGCCAGAGUGAUGUCAUCGUCAAUACAGUAACCGUGCUUAAGAAUUUUCACCCCGCGUCAGUGCUGCUCAGCGCGGCCUCCAUGAGAGCAAACUCCGGGACUGCGGCGCUGAUGGCUGUUGCGGUCAGGACUGCACCAAGCUCCCUUCAACAUCACAGCUGCGACCCCUGCGCUCAGACAAGCGGCAAAACCCCGCUUCUUUACAGCAACAUUCUAUAUGGAAUAUCUGUCAUCUUACGGAAAUUCAAACUCCUGAUUUGACUGACAGCCAGUCGUUGUGCAUCGCCGAUCAUCUGCGCCCUUUUAGGACUUUUUUGGUUAGUGUCUACCCUUGAAAAUCGGUGAAAUCCGUUUUACUCGGUGCCUGUGCUCUCUUCUCCUCGCGCUUAACGGAGACUGUCCGCGCGCUGCUCACCCGGAGGCCACAAGUGCCUGUUUUUUCCCCGCUAGAUUCACCAUUGAUGGAAGCUGAUGCCCUGUUGCCUUUCCUCGACCGUGUCUACCUUUGCUGCCGCUGUUUCUUCUCUAGGAACGCGACUAGGCCCGCGAGCCCCCCUAAACAUCUCAUAAUGACUCUUUGAUGGAUAAAAUGACAAGAACGAAUCAUUUAUAUCGUGUUUUGGUCUUUUGGGUGUUGGCGUUUCGACUUUGCUGUGUGUUUUAAUCUUCUUUGGAACCGACACCCGGGUGCGCGAGGAGGGCAGCUGUCUCGAGAGCAAUAAACGCCCGUUAUAAUUAAGGGAUCGCGCGCGCUUCUCUCUCAGGAUGGCAAAUGAACCCGUUAUUCUUAAUGUGUAUGACAUGUACUGGAUAAAUGAAUACACCUCCACUCUGGGCAUUGGAGUCUUCCACUCAGGAAUAGAGAUUUACGGCAGAGAGUUUGCAUAUGGUGGCCAUCCGUAUCCCUUUAGUGGCAUUUUUGAGAUCAACCCUGGAAAUGCCUCAGAACUGGGGGAGACUUUCAAAUUCAAAGAGGCUAUAGCUCUGGGUACGACAGACUUUGCAGAGGAGGACAUUGAUAAAAUAAUGGAGGAGCUUGGAAAGGAGUUCAAGGGGAACUCCUACCACCUGAUGCACAAAAACUGUAACCAUUUUUCUUCUUCGCUGUCUGAGUUGCUGUGUGGUAGAGAGAUCCCACGCUGGGUCAAUCGAUUGGCAUAUUUAAGCUCCUGUAUUCCAUUUCUGCAGAGUUGUCUGCCUAAAGAGUGGCUUACACCCGCCGCACUCCAGUGCCAUAUCAGCAUGGGCCUUCGGAAGGAGAACACACACUCACACACACACGAUUCCAGUGACGAUGAGCCCUCGUCUGCCACGGAGGCGGCCGCUGGAUCAUCACACAGCUGCAGGCACACACGCGUGUGAUCUUACAUAUAUAUUUAGAUGCAGUUUUACACUAAUUUGAACACACAUACACUCCAACCUCUGAUCCUGCUGCUACAGCGCCUCCUGCUGGACUGGAUGAAUGCAAGCCCUCAUGGCCUAUCUGAAUGAGGAAAUCAAAGUCAUGUUUUUCAGUAGAGCCUAUAGGGAUUUAAAAACCUUGCAAUGGUACUCUUAAAGUUUUAGAAUGGUUUG